AUGUUGACAACAGCUGACGAGUGGCAGAGAGUCAUUGAGACCACCGUUACUAUCGAUGAAGAGACCAAUCAGUAUAUCAAGCAGUUUGACGAACAGUUCUUCACAUAUUGUGAACAAGAAUUGUCUAAAAUUAAUACAUUCUUUGCCGAAAAGUUGGCCGAAGCUAUUCGACGGUUCGGUGACCUCAAGUCUGAGCUCAACUCCAGUCAACAUUUAAGGCAAAACGGCAAAGACAAAAUGAAGCAAAAGGACGACAAACUGUUUGGUCUGUUUGAUCGGCAGGUAAUCAAUGAAAAUAACGAUCGGCUGAACAUCGAUAGGAAAGUGAGCCGAAAACUACAUGAUCUCAAACUAGCCUUUUCUGAGUUUUAUUUGGCACUCGUUUUACUGCAAAACUAUCAAAACCUUAAUUUUACGGGUUUUCGCAAAAUUCUCAAAAAACAUGACAAACUAUUGAACACAAACUCGGGUCUGGAGUGGCGUCAGACCAAUGUUGAGGUCUCCCACUUCUACACAAACAAUGAGGUGAAUCAGUUGGUGUUGGAGACCGAAAACCUCUUCACCACUCACUUGGAGUCCGGCGACCGACAGAAGGCGAUGAAACGAUUGCGAGUUCCGCCGCUUAAUGCACACCAAUCCGUUUGGACCACAUUUAGAGUGGGAAUAUUCUUGGGGGCGUUCGUUGUCCUCUUAUUUAACGUUAUGAUUGUUUCGAUGUUGGUUGAGUUGGGACACGAGUGGCCAGUAGUGGUCCGUCUAUUCCGCGGUCCGCUUAUGAUAAUUGUGUUUUUAUUUAUGAUCGGAAUCAAUGUCUACGGUUGGCGAACGUCUGGUGUGAAUCACGUAUUGAUCUUUGAAUUGGAUCCGAGGGACCACUUGUCUGAACAGCACUUCUUCGAGAUCGCCGCCAUAUUUGCUGUGUUGUGGUCGCUAUCAGUGCUCUCUUAUCUAUUCUCACCCAAUAUCUUAUCGAUAAACGCGAAUCUCUUUCCUUUGCUUUUGAUUCGGGUAAUCAGAGCGCCGUUUGUAAAGGUCGAGUUCGCCGACUUCUGGCUCGCGGAUCAGCUCAACUCAAUAGUUCCCGUUCUUCAGGACUUUGAAUUUCUAAUCUGUUAUUAUUUCAACUUCUAUACGAUUACAUCUCACAAAGAAUUUGAGACGUCGUCCGACUGUUGUAUAACGAGUACGACAACUGAUCUCUUGAUCCGCACAUUCGUGGCAUGUCUUCCGGCGUGGUUUCGGUUCGCACAGUGUCUGCGCCGUUACAAAGACGACAGGAGAGGCCUUUUCCCACAUGUGGUCAAUGCCGGCAAAUAUUCGACCACUUUUUUUGUGGUCAUAUUCUCAACGCUCACUGUUAUGACCACAAACGAUUACGACCACUCGUUCUCCAAUCCAUACUUUAAUCUAUGGAUUAUAUCAAUGAUUGUGAACGCGUGCUAUACAUACGUGUGGGACGUGAAGAUGGAUUGGGGUCUAUUCGACCCGAACUCUCCGUCCAAAGAGUACCCGUUUCUGCGCGAAGAGAUCGUCUACUCGUCGCCCAACUAUUACUACUUCGCGAUCAUCGAAGACCUAAUCCUGCGCUUCGGAUGGACGCUAUCGGUGUCACUGAAAGAGGUGGGAGUGAUUCACUCGGAGAUCGUCACCUCUAUAUUAGCGCCGCUCGAGUUGUUUCGCUCCAAUUCCUCGAUGUCUGCAUCGAUUCGGGGCAACAAUUGUGAUGUGAAUCUACUGAUGGACGACACGGACACCUGUGAACUCAACCGGUUAUGACUAGCAAUGGAUACGGCUGUGGAUAAACUCUCCAACAAUUAGAUACCAAUUAAUAACCAUUUAUUUUGAAAUGCAAUCAAAUGCCAAAUUUAGUUAUCAAUUAUUAACGUUAUAAUGAAUUUGUAUUCUAUUAUUAUAAAUAUAUUAUUAUAUUUUAAACUAA